AUGUCAUUUGCCGGCGUCUCUCUCGUCGGCGACGGCGAGGCCGUCGGCCACGCCAUCAACGUCUCCGCGGCCAGCGGGUACCACCUGCUCGUGGUUAACCGCUACUCGCACAUCAAAGCCACUACACCUAUUGGCACGAAGGUCGUCUCUCUCCCAUUUACGGUAGGAGGCCAUCGUUGGCGCAUCAGCUGCUAUCCUAAUGGGGACCGCCCAGAGUGUGCGGACUAUGUAUCUCUUUAUUUUCGUCUUGAUGAAAAUGCCGUGGAGGGUCUAAAGGUACAGUUCGGAUUUAGUUUCAUCGACGAGCUUGAGAAGCAAGAUUCAACAUAUAUUCAUGCAAAAAGGGCAGACAAUUUCUCCAACUGUCAUCCCUCUUGGGGUUACAAGAAUUUCAUGAAAAGAGACGCCCUUGAGAAAUCAAAGCAUCUACGAGAUGAUUGUUUCACCAUCCGAUGCGACGUCGCCAUUGCUACGACAGUUGAUCUCUUCAUCAAGGUGCUGCCUUCUAGCAUAAAACAGCAUAUCAGCGACCUCUUCCUCUCCAAGGAGGGCACGGACGUGACAUUCAUGGUGUCCGGUCAGAAGUUCGCUGCCCAUCGAUGCGUGCUUGCAGCUCGGUCUGUGGUUUUCAAGGCGGAGCUGCUUGGCUCCAUGAAGGAGGGCACUGUAGCAAGUGUCGUAGAUGUAGAAGACAUGGAAGCAAAGGUGUUUAGGGCCUUGCUUGACUUUAUUUACACCGACUCACUUCCCGAGAUGGAGAUAGACAUGGGUGAUGAGCAAGGAGAAGCCCAGGAAGCAUUGUGGCUGCAACACUUGCUUGCAGCAGCGGAUAAAUAUGAUCUCCAAAGGCUCAAUGGACUAUGUGAAGAAAAGCUGUGCGAACACAUAGAUGUGAGCUCGGUGACGACUAUUCUUACUCUAGCCGAGCAGCAUAAUUGUCACGGGUUGAAGGAGGUUUGCUUUGAAUUCAUCAAGACUCCCGCCAAUUUGAAGGAGAUAACGGUGAUAGCGGCGGCUGACGGCUUGGAGGACAUAACUAGAACCUGUCCUUCUCUUCUGAAGGAGCUCAUUUCUAAGCUUGCUUCCUAA